AUUUGUCAAGACGCCAUUGUUAUGAACGCAUUGCUACGACUUCAAUAACUCUUUCCAUAAUAUAUAUACAUAAUCAAUUUUAUACUUAUUUAAGAAUAUAUUUGACUUUGUUAAUCUCAUAUUUAUCGUGCAAAAAGUAACAAAGUUUCAUCAUGGGUCUCGUUUGUUCCACAGCGCAGCUUGCCUGCCUGUGUGGCAGUACAGCUUGCAGUUUCUGUUGUUCUCAAUGCCCUACUUGCCGUAACAGCACUAGUACUCGUAUUAUGUAUGCUUUGUUAUUAAUGCUGGGUACUAUAGCUGCAUGUGUUACUAUGGCACCUGGUUUACAAGAUGCUCUUAAAAAGGUUCCAUUUUGUGCUAAUAGUACAAACUAUGUACCAUCUUCAUUUACUGUAGAUUGUGAAUCAUCAGUUGGUUAUUUAGCUGUAUAUAGAAUAUGCUUUAUUCUUGCAUUAUACUUUUUCAUGAUGUCUAUGAUUAUGAUAAGAGUUAGAAGUUCCAAAGAUCCAAGGGCUCCUAUACAGAAUGGAUUUUGGGCAAUUAAAUAUCUUCUAAUAAUUGGUGGAAUAAUAGGGGCUUUCUUUAUUCCUGAAACAUCGUUUGGUUCAACCUGGAUGUAUUUUGGAAUGAUCGGAGGUUUCUUUUUUAUUAUCAUACAAUUAAUUCUUAUUGUUGACUUUGCACAUUCUUGGGCAGAUGCUUGGGUAGGUAAUUAUGAGGAUACUGAAUCAAAAAGUUGGUAUGCAGCACUUAUGGGAGCUACUUUAUUGAAUUAUGCUAUUGCUAUCACUGGUGUAGUAUUACUUUAUGUAUAUUUUACUCAUCCCUAUGAGUGUGCACUGAACAAAUUCUUCAUUUCUUUUAAUCUUAUUUUAUGCAUCAUUAUCAGCAUUAUUUCUAUUCUUCCAAGUGUACAAAAACAUCAGCCACAUUCUGGUUUACUUCAACCAUCUAUAGUUUCAUUAUAUGUUAUUUAUUUAACAUGGAGCGGAGUUUCUAAUAGCCCAGAUCGCAUUUGUAAUCCUGGAUUUUUGGCAAUAAUUUCUAAUAAUACUCAAAAUCGUGUUGCUUUUGACAAGGAAAGUAUAAUCGGUCUCAUAAUAUGGUUCAGUUGUGUUUUAUACAGUUCUCUACGUACAGCAUCAAAAUCAUCCAAGAUUACCAUGUCUGAAAACGUUUUAGUUAAAGAUAAUGGAGCUGUCAGGAAUGCUGGAGACCAGUAUCUUAUCGGCAAUGAAGACUAUACUGCAGUAGAAGGUCGCAAUGGUGAUACAGAAAAUGGUGAAGCUAAAGUAUGGGACAAUGAAGAAGAAACUGUAGCAUACAAUUGGAGCUUCUUCCACUUAAUGUUUGCUCUUGCUACUUUAUAUGUGAUGAUGACUCUUACCAAUUGGUACGAACCAAAUUCAAACUUGGAAACCAUGAAUGCUAAUGUUGCAUCAAUGUGGGUAAAAAUUAUUUCUUCAUGGUUAUGUAUAACCCUUUAUGUUUGGUCUUUGGUAGCACCGAUACUCUUCCCAAACAGAGAAUUUUCAUAAAUUGAAGACUUUCGAGAAAUGAUAACAUCUAAUUGAACAGGUAAAGAUCGGAGUAAGUAUCCAACAAAUAUACCAAUAAUAUAUACGGUUAAUCUGUGACUCGGUAAAAUAUACGACAUAUUAGCCGUAUCAAAAAGUUGUUUUAUUCUGCAAGAGAAUAUAAAUGCGUGUAGUAUAUUGUAUCGAUUAAUAUCAAAAUAAAAUAUACAUACAAGGCAGAUACUCACGAAAUACCAAAGUAAACAUAAUUAUUAAGACGUUUAAAAUAUGUAACAUAAUAUCUCAAUAUUGUCGAGAAUACAGCUAAAGCAAGAAGUAUGAUACUGCCGAUCUUUGGUUUUUUAUACAAGAGCAAUACCAGUAGAGGAGACAGUGCAAAGAGUUGAGUAUCUAUACCUAUGUGAUGCGUAUGCGUCAAACACUAAGAAAUUAAUGAUAUUAACAAUCGUCUCUGUUAAAGAAUAUAGGUUUACGCAGUUUAUUUUGAACUCUUACCAUAUUCUCAAAUCCAAAAUAAUUAUGAAUAAAUAAGAAAUUUCUCCACCA